ACCGCAAGGGCCACGAUCAUAAUAGUGAAAGCAAGGCCAAUAAAAUGCAUGUCAAAGAUAUUGGCAAGUACGGAGUUCCUUUAGACGAGUGGCAAAAACAAGACGAAUCGUCAACCACUUCGAGCCCUGGCAGGAAAACAAGUAAGUCAACACCUUUGUAACCCUGCCCAAGAGUUUAAUUGAUAUUAGGGAUGUAAAUUAUUUUUAUAAAAAAAAAGGUACCGUGGGAGAACGCUGAGGGCGCAAGUCAUAGCCAACAAUGGGUGAAUGAGGUGAUGGGGCGAAAGUGGGCCUUGGGGCUGCAAAUUAAUAAUAAAAUAAAAAGAGCACUGCGGUAUUUGUCUGAUCCAUCCGAAGCGGAGCGCAACCAAGGCACUUCUCAUUCAAGCCCGAACACAAAGCAGCCGCAGCAGACGCCGCUGGGGCCAUUAGGUCCUAUGGCCCACACACUGCAAGCAUCGCCAAUGCAAAUGCCCAUUUUCCAAAACUUCCUGCAGGCCCCUAUGCCCCAGGAUAUAUUACUCCAACAACAUCACCAGCAGUUCUUGCAGGAGCAACUGCGCCAACAGCAGCUGCAGCAGCAUCUCCACCAACAUCAACAACAGAGUCAACCUCAAAGCCAAAGCCAAAGCCAAAGCCAAAGUCAGACCCCACUUUUGGUUCAGUCUCCGCCCUCAAACUCGAUUCAAGACAUCAAUACCUGUAUUGACGAUCUCGAGAGCAAACAUACCCAUAAUACUCUGGUUUAUAUCAUGGAGUCCCUCAAGCUUAAUGACAAUAACAAUCAGGCCGGCAGAAAAGCUUAUGAUCUCGUCGUUGAGAAAAAGUCUGAGGAUCCCAACUCAGUGCCACCACCUGAGAUAUCUCUUCCAUCAGAAUUGACCUUGCCUACGCGUUCUACUGACCUUCCCAGUAUCGAGAUUAGGGACCACCUUGUGGACACCUAUUUUACUUAUCGAUAUCCUAUCUGGCCUAUUAUUCACAAGACCAUUUUUUUGAGUCAGCUGCAUGAUCCUAAUAGCACCCCAUCACUACUGCUCCUGAAUGCAUUGUUUGCAUAUGCAUCACGCUACUCGUCCUGGCAGGUCCUUCGAUCCGAUCCAGAUAAGCCAGAGACAGCAGGCCAGCUGUUUCUGGAACGUGCACAAACCAUGCUCCCAGCUUUCUUGAUGGCCCCUAGACUUUCAACAGUCCAAGCUUUGCUCUUUUUAGCUCAACUUGAGGAUAAUGCAACUCAGCGACAUACUUAUCACAGUAUGGCUGUUCGGAUGGCUCAAUUGCUCGAUCUCCAUAAAAGUUGUCAACACAUGGGCCUUCCUGACGAUGAAAGGGAGACUCGUCGCUGCAUUUGGUGGACCUGCUACAUGAAUGAUCGCCUGUUGGCGCUUUCGACCCGAAAGCCGGCGAUUAUCCAUGAUGGUGAUUGCAACAUUGAUUUACCCUUCCAAGAACAUAUCUAUGAUGGUCCCGGAAACAAUUCAGUAUCGCUUUCCCAUUACUAUUCGCCACCUCAACUCUUUCAUCAGUUACUGUUGCUAAGUAAGAUUGUAGGUGGCGUUCUUAAGCAUUUCACCAAAGUAGCCAACAAGCGAUAUCGUAGUCCAGAUGCGCAUGAGUUAGCGCUUACAGCCUUGGAUGAAUCGCUGUUUACUUGGCUUGCCUCACUACCCGAUCAUCUGCAGUACAACCCAGGCCCUGACUCUCUCACAACAAAGACCUUGCCAUCACCGUAUGUUGCUGCAUUACACCUGUAUUUUUACUCGAUCCUUCAUACACUUCAUAACCCAUAUAUGGACUCCUCUAAUCCUCGUGCCACGAAUGACAUGCCAAAGUCGUCUCCUUCUUUGGAGCGAUGUACAUUGGCAGCCUCCAUGAUUACGAGUUUGUCCCGCUCUCUUUGUUUCCAGCCGCAGUACGGGCUUAACUUCGGAACCCAGUGCUAUGCCAUUUUACACGCUGCUAUAAUGCAUCUCACCAACACUGCCAACACGACAUCUUAUCAGAGUUUGAAGUCCAAGUCGCAGUUUAUCUCAACCCUCAGUGUCAUCAAGGCAUACUCUCAGCACUAUGCAUUUGAAGGCGUCAAGAAGAGUUCGGAUGUUAUGGACAAUAUCUACAAUUGGCAAGUAGCAAGACAGCAAGAAGAUAGUCCAAGUCCCUCAUUAGGUCAGUCUACACCUUCGGCUGCGUCUUCAGUCUCGGUAUCGUCGCCCAACCAGACAACAAUCAUGCGCGAGGUCAAGCAUCCAGACCAUCACCAUGUUCUUCAUCACCUGCACCAUCCGUACCUUCGUUCAGAGUCAACUCCAUCAAGUCCAAGACUAGGGCCUAAUUCGUCAUCUGGAUCAAGCUUUCCUUCUCUCUGCAUUCCCUCUUCACCUGCUCCGACUCAUGAGAGCGUUUUAACAUCCAGGACGCGAUCACCCCACGCUUGGCAACUCUCCCAUAGCAAUAGUGUAGCAACCAGUUUGGCGAAUACGCCAACAAAUAUCGGAAGUCCGUUAAUCAAGCCAGAAGGGGAGAGGACUUCCAGACUAUCUGCAGGCAUGAAUACUUCAAACUUUCGCACGGCGGUCAACUGUUCAUCUGAGCCUACUCCCGAAUCUCAAGCACUGCUUUCUGAUAUUUAUAGCCAAAACCCAACAAUUACGUUUGAUAAUGGUCGAGUUUCACCACUGGACCAGACUUCUUUAGGCGCAAUUCUUGGAUUUGAACUACCCCAUAGUGCAAACGAAGAGGAAGAUAAUGCCUAUUGGAACGCGCAAGCCAACUCAUUGGGAGGCAUGGAUGGUUGGAAUCAACAAUUGAUGACAGCUCAGGAACAUGUAUCUUAUAAGAGUUCUGUGGGUGGGCCGACGGAAUAUUUGGGUGGCAACAAUAGCCUGGGUUCAUUAGAGGCUGGUUACCUUGAUGCUCUAGGAGCCGCGAAUGGGAUUGACUUUUCCGGUUUUGGUGUCGGAGCCACUGGAACAAGUUUUGGAACUACUUUUGGAAAUCCCAGCACUAUGAUGGGCCACAAUUUUGUUUUUCAAACACAGCAACAGCGUGAACAGGAACAGCGCCAACAACAACAGCAGCAGCAGCAGCAGCAACAACACUCACCUCUCUUUUCUCAAACGUCUGGUCAAAGUCAGCAAGAUGCUUCGCAGAUGUUUAUCAAACAGGAACCAUUCCAGUUUUCACAAGAUCUCGUGAACCAGGUCUACCAAAAAACACUUUCUGUGAUGGAGAAUGGAAUCAACAAUGAAGGCAAACAGAGUCCUUUAAGGAAUACCAGUGCCAGUGCGAGCCCUCUAUCCGAUAUGACACUACCAGUGCCGAUACUCAAGACAGAGCCGGAUAUACAUCAACAGCAACUCUUGCAUAGACAGAUGUCUGAAGGACGGAGCGAUGAUACCCUUGGUCUUGAUAUGCAUUCAGAUACUUCGAGCUACUUCAAUUCGCCUUUAGAUGGGUUAGACACGACGAUGGAGGACAUUGCUGAGGAAACUUGGUGAUCCAUUGGCUUUUUUAAUUUUUAAUUUUUGUUAUUUACUCACCUGUACAUAUAGCAUUUUUAGACUUUUUACCUUCAUUGCGGCUGCUCACAUAUGAGUUGCAAGAACUACAUAAACAUAUUUUGAGGAUAAAAAACACAUU